GACGGUCUCGUUUACCUACCAGCUCGGCCAGUCGGGCACUAAUAGUGCGCUUCCUCGCGGCUGUCGUAAGUCCCACGCUGUUGACUGUGCCACCGAUCUCCGAUUCUGUCCUCGAGGCAAUAAAGAUGUGGCGAAGGCCCGAGGUGAGGCUGCUGCCACUGCACUUAGUCCUGCGACUCCCCAAGGACUGGCCGAGGAAUGGCGGGCUAGCCACUUCCCAGUCCUGUCCCUACGGGAUCUGAAAAGACUCGGCAUCCCGGGAUCCGGAGGGUCACUUCCCUCGCUGCAUCCCCAUUGUGAAACUGCCAGUCUCAAAAUUGAUGUAGAUGUCCAGCUCCAACCUGGUUUCAUAGACAUGGUAAUACUGGAACAACCUCUUCUCCAAGAUUCUCAGGCAGUCAGAGCAUUCCCAUGGUUUGGCAUGGACAUCGGUGGAACGCUGGUUAAAUUGGUCUACUUCGAACCGAAGGAUAUUACAGCCGAAGAGGAGCAAGAGGAAGUAGAGAACCUGAAGAGCAUCCGGAAGUAUUUGACUUCUAAUACUGCUUAUGGGAAAACUGGGAUCCGAGACGUCCACCUGGAACUGAAAAACCUGACCAUGUGUGGACGCAAAGGGAACCUGCACUUCAUCCGCUUUCCCAGCUGUGCUAUGCACAGGUUCAUUCAGAUGGGCAGCGAGAAAAACUUCUCUAGCCUUCACACCACCCUGUGUGCUACAGGAGGUGGAGCUUUCAAGUUUGAAGAGGACUUCAGAAUGAUUGCUGACCUGCAGCUGCAUAAACUGGAUGAACUGGACUGUCUGAUUCAGGGCCUGCUUUAUGUCGACUCUGUUGGCUUCAACGGCAAGCCAGAAUGUUACUAUUUUGAAAAUCCCACAAAUCCUGAAUUGUGUCAAAAAAAGCCGUACUGCCUUGAUAACCCAUACCCUAUGUUGCUGGUUAACAUGGGCUCAGGUGUCAGCAUUCUAGCUGUGUACUCCAAGGACAACUAUAAAAGAGUUACAGGGACCAGUCUUGGAGGUGGAACAUUCCUAGGCCUAUGUUGCUUGCUGACUGGUUGUGAGACCUUUGAAGAAGCUCUGGAAAUGGCAGCUAAAGGCGACAGCACCAAUGUUGAUAAGCUGGUGAAGGACAUUUACGGAGGAGACUAUGAACGAUUUGGCCUUCAAGGAUCUGCUGUAGCAUCAAGCUUUGGCAACAUGAUGAGUAAAGAAAAGCGAGAUUCCAUCAGCAAGGAAGACCUCGCCCGGGCCACAUUGGUCACCAUCACCAACAACAUUGGCUCCAUUGCUCGGAUGUGUGCGUUGAAUGAGAAUAUAGACAGAGUUGUGUUUGUUGGAAAUUUUCUCAGAAUCAAUAUGGUCUCCAUGAAGCUGCUAGCAUAUGCCAUGGAUUUUUGGUCCAAAGGACAACUAAAAGCUCUAUUUUUGGAACAUGAGGGUUAUUUUGGAGCCGUUGGGGCCCUGUUGGAACUGUUCAAAAUGACCGAUGACAAGUAGAGAUGAGCAGUGGAGGGAACAGCCUCCCCAAAGGACAGAGAACUAAAAAAUUGCUGCUGGAGAAGGUGAAAGUCGCUUUGGGACGGAAACCAAGCCAUUAUGGCAGAUGAACCUGCUGGAUUUGUAAAUAAUUUAAAAUCCUUCCAGAUGAUCUUUUACUCUUAGGUUUUGAGCUAAUGAUUCAAAACGGGGGAAUAUAAAAGGUUUUUUUCUGUAUACUGUAUUUUUUUAAAAAAAUGGUGCAGCGUGGCCAAACCUACCAAUUGUAUGCAUUAACUUUGAAAAGUUGUUUGAUGUUUAAGAAGGACCUGAUAUGUAAGCGCUGUUCAUUUUUCUUCUGGGGUUUACUGAUCAGUGUGGUGAUUUUAACUUCAUUUAGUAAUUACUCUAGGAGAUUUUACCUUGACUCAUAUUUUUCAUGACGUUUCAUGAUUUGCUGUUGGUUUCAAAUGAAACUACAAAUCUGGCAUGUUUUACUGUGAACACUUUUGUUAUUUGUUUGUUUACCCUUUUUUGUCUCGUUUUUCUGUUUUAGUUGUCUUAUGAAAAAAGAGAGUCCUUCCCUCUGUUUCUGUCCUCGGAUGAUCUCCCUCCCCUACCUGUAAACUUUCUUUGACAUAAUUGUUCAUAUCAAUGAAGGUGCUGACCAGCUCAAUACAAAGUUAAGCACAAGAUCUAAAGCUCUUGAAAAUGCCGGUGAAGAGAAGACUGAAUGUUAAUGAAUUUAAUGAGUCUGGCAAGUUUGUCUUAUCCCUUAUAAAUGUAGCGUUUCAUUGGAUUUAUUUUAUGCUAGGUGAUAUUAAGUUGAAAUAGUCUAUGAUGAAAUGUCCUCAUCCAUGCACAGAAUAUGAAUGGCAGCAAAUCUUUGUGCAAGAAGUUUGGAACUUAUUGGGAAAAGCCUCCCAGUUGAUUAAUUGUUCAUAUCAGGAGAUUUAGGGUAAGUCAUGGGUUGAGGUGUCAGAUAGUAAUAUCUGUUUGUUUUGUACAUGUAUAUAUCUAGGAAAUUUGUAACAAUACAUCUUUAAUAAUGUUAAAGUUUUUUUCAUUUUUAAUAUUUUAAACUAAAAACUGUACUUCAAUCUCAGUUUCUAAAAUUAAAAAUAAUUUAUACUGAUCUAUAUAUUUUUUCUUUUUGAAAGAUUUCAUUAAGAUUGAUGGGUAACUUUCAAAUGAGGGUCACGUACAAAUAUCGGAAUGCGUGAGAUCCCAUGAUCUUGUGUAUUGAGCUUAUUGUUGAAAGGGAUUUUUGAAGGACAGAACAAUUACUCCAUGAUGAAUCUUCCUUUCUCUGCCUUCUGAGCACCGUCUUUAAUUUCCAUAUCUUCAAGUCUUGAAGAAGUUGAUGUUAAUUGAAGAACUCAUUUGUCUGGUUGAAAUAAAGCCUGUUUCUGUUGUGAUGUU